ACUCCGGCCAAUCAGCAGCAAGGGGGCGGGGCCGGCAGCGCGGGGAAGAUGGCGAGCACGGAGAGUGGCGUGGGAAAGCGGCCCAAGGGUUUGGAGGUUGAGGACAGGAAGGUGGACUGGCGGCGCUGGAAGCAGGAGAGGAAAGCCGAGAAGAAGAAAUGGAAGGAAAUUAAGCUGCUGAAGAAACUGGAUAAACAGCGGAUGCGAGAGCUGGCAGAACAACAAGCCCAGACGCAGGAGGAACAGAAGGAGGACAGAGGCACGAACACUGGGCAGCAAACCACUGCACUAGAAAUCUUUCUUAAGAGAAAACGUGUGAUUAAACCUAAGGAACAGCAGCUGCUUUUCCCGCAGCACAAGUGCCCAGCGGCUCUGUGCCUGUCCCUAGGCCGUCAGCACACGCUGAGCGUGGCCCUGCCCGGCUCCAUCCUCAACAACGCGCAGUCGCUGGAGCUCCGCACCUACCUGGCGGGACAGAUCGGCCGCGCAUGCGCCAUCUUCUGCGUGGACGAGAUCGUGGUGUUCGACGAGCACGGCGAGGAUGUGAAGAGUGUUGAGGGGGAUUUUGAAGGAAUUGGGAGGAAAGGCAAGGCUUGUGUGCAGCUGGCUCGGAUCCUGCAGUACUUGGAGUGCCCUCAGUACUUGAGGAAAUCCUUUUUUCCGAAACAUGCAGAUCUGCAGUUUGCAGGGCUGCUCAACCCCCUGGACAGUCCCCACCACAUGCGGGUGGACGAGGACUCGGAGUACCGGGAGGGCGUCGUGCUGGACCGGCCAACAAAGCCAGGCAGAGGCUCUUUUGUUAACUGUGGGAUGAGGAAGGAGGUGCAGAUUGACAAACAACUGAACCCUGGUCUGCGAGUCACCGUGCACCUGAAGGAGCCUCAGAAUCCAGAAGCCAAAGUGCAGAAAGGCACCGUGGUGUCCUCGCACCAUCCCCGGACAGUCUCAGGCUUGUACUGGGGUUACAGCGUCCGCCUGGCCUCCUGCUUGAGUGCUGUCUUUUCUGAGUGCCCAUUCAAGGAAGGCUAUGAUCUCUCUAUUGGGACUUCAGAGCGGGGCAGCUCCGUGGACCAGGUCACUCUGCCCUCCUUCAGGCAUGCCCUUGUUGUGUUUGGAGGCCUUGAGGGCUUGGAAGCUGGGGUUGAUGUGGACCCAAAGUUGGAUGUCACUGACCCAAGUGUCUUGUUUGACUUCUACCUGAACACGUGUCCCAGCCAAGGCAGCAGAACCAUCCGGACAGAGGAAGCACUGCUGAUCUCUCUCUCUGCGCUGAGACCACACAUUGAGGAGGCUGUGAAGACACCCAGAGACAGCUGAGGGAAUGGAAACCACUGACCUGCCCUUGGAGAGGUGGCUCUUCAAAGGUGGGGUGCUGGGCAAGUCACUGCAGGAGAGCAGCAGGACCAAGGCAGUGAGACUGGAGGUGGCAGUGCUGCCCAACCAGACAUUCACUGCUGCUGGGAGCAGCAAGUCUGUGCCCUCCUGCCUGCAUGUCCAGCCAAGGGCUGUUUGCUGCUUCCCAGCAGCUGGCACGAGCCUGGCAGCAGACUUGGUCUCAGCAACUCAGACAUCUGGGGUGGGAAUAAAGCAGCAUGGAACCUCAGUUGCUGUGAAA